AUGCAGUCCACCAACGAGAAGGCAGCGAAGACCGAUGCAGUUAUCAAGAAGGUCCUCGGCACCACCGAACUGCUCGAAGCCAUCUUGCUUCGCGUUGACGACUACCAAACACUCCUCUUCAGCCAGCGCGUCUGCCGCGCAUUCAAGGACACGAUCGAGGAAUCCAAUCCCCUACAACACGCCCUCUUCYUCAAGCUUUCCGACGCCCAUCCUGCGAUCCCACCUAUUCUCCUCAAUCGUAAAAUCAGAAUCGGCAACGAUGGUUCGAAUUUCUGGUUGAGCUACGAGCCCGUCAUAUGCCUCCGGCGGAGGUGCGGUGGGGUUAGGGUCGUUUCCAAUCAUCAGCGUGUGACUUCGGCAACUCUGGACGAAUCAUCCGCUGGUCGUCCUCGCCCGCAGAGAUCGGACACUAUCAUCACCACAUCAAGCAUCGAACUCGAGCGUCGCAGAGCGGUGCAGCUUCGCCUCGAGGUGAGUCGAUUCCCACGAGGAGAACCGGGAAGCGUCGAAAUUGGUGGAACGUGGCAGAAGAUCAAGCUGCAGAAUGCUCAGGCCAAGGUAUCUUGCUUGCGCGGCGUCGGAUACGGACCACUGUCUUUCAGCGUUCCGCUCUCUGGCGAAGAUACGAUGGGCAGUGUGGUGGAUAUGGCUCUUCACUUCAAGUUGGAGGAUUCUGKAUCGGGGGACUCCAUGGACUCUGAUAUGGAAUGA